UAGAGAACGACGCUGAGGUCAACUUGGGUUCGCUUAGCAGCUCGACAGGCACGCAGGCGCAGAAUGGACGAGGUCUGAUCCAGGAAUAAAGCUUGGCUCUGGACCAACCAUCCACCCAUCCACCUGCGGGAGGGGCGGGAGCACAUCCCUGCCUAGGACUGCCCUGGAGCCACCGCCUAGCCAGGCUUCUGGCAGAUCCCGGGCAUUGCUAUUUGGGGUGAUGUUCUGAACAGAGAGCUUAGCUGGGAGGUUUUAAAAUGUUUUAAAUUACAAUUAUAAUAGUAAUGAUAAUUAUUAUAUUUCCAGCUGAGGGAUCCCGUACGGAGGCGUGCCCACACUUCCGUGCUUAGGAUGCACUGGGCGUCAUCUCCUGCUUAGGAUGCGCGAGCUCCUCCCGUUUACCGGGCAUCCUCAGCCCCGAAAGAUGCAAACGUGCCUCUCGGUAGCGUUCCGCGCCUAGCCAGCGUUCCCACUGCCCCACCAGAUUCUAGCCAGCGGGAGCCCCAGGAGGAGUGAGAGGGAGGGAAGGGGCCAAGCAAGCAGGCGGCCGGGGUGGAGGCUCAGCGCCCCGUCACCCCAACAUCUCCCCGGCCUGACGCACACACCCUGAAGCCCGGAGGAGGAACGGGGGAAGCUUUCCUCCCUCCCUCCCUGCAUUGGACGUCGCCGUUGGGGACCCCUCGGAGAAGAUGCCGGGCCAGAUGCAGACGCCUCCCUGGGUGGAGGAGGAUGGCCGGGUGUCGGAGCUGUCAGCUGCAGCCGGGAGCGGCGGAUCAGCUGGGCAUCCUUGUUACCAGAAUCCAAAAUGUCCUGAUAGAAUUGAAGAAGAACAAAAAGUAGAACCACACAUAGCCAGGCUGCAGGAAUUAUGGACCACACCUCAACUCCAAACCGUUCACAUUCCUAAAUCGACGAAUGCACCAUUUCUAAAGCAUCCAGACCUCACAACGGGUCAAAAGCGCUAUCUCUGCAGCAUCGCCAAGAUCUAUAGCACGGAUUCAUUGAAGACACUGAUGAAGAGACAGUACAUGCACAUGGUUCAGCAUGACACACAAAAGCCAGGUAUCUCUACCCAUCAUAGAAGUCAGAUCAGUCCACGAUAUUCCCAGAAGCAGCAUUCUCCCUGCACCACAUGGAGACACCAGCUGGAGAGAUUGGACUCACCACACUCUAGCGUCAUAGCUAUGCCAUCAGCGGAAACACAGGCCAUACAGCAUUCCCUCUGGCAACCAGGGAGGAACAAAGAAGGGUUAAAUUGUGGCUCUUUACCCAAAGCAAGAUGUAAGUCACUGAAGUUUUUUCAGAGACCCAACAAAGCUUUCAGACACUCAGAUAUCACAAAUGAUUCUGACUCAUACAUGAGUGAAGAAAGAAGAGAUGAAGAUUUAUUAAAUAAGUGUAUGCAGUCAAUGUCGAUAGAAGAACAAUGGGAAAAGCUGAUGUGAAUUUGACACUCUUAUCCUGUAUUCCUGGUUUCAGUUACUGGCCUAAAUCCAAGUCAUUGAUUCUACAAAGUCAUGUGCCAAAGGAGGGGGUUGUGAAUUCUGUUCAUAACUAACUUUAGGUCAAUACUAUGUUAUUCACUAUUGUCUUAUUGACUAGUUUGGGAACAUUCCAAAACUGGGCUUGUGAACAUGUAACUGCUUUGAUGUAGUUCAGUGUUUCAGUGACAUUUGUGCAGUAAAAUUUAUCUGUAAUCCAAGCCCAUAUCUGUAGUCAGACACUUAAAACCUUUCAUGUCACUUAAAAGAAAAAUAAGAAUUCUUUUAGUUUUCCUUAAAGCAUUUGCUACCAAAGGCUACUGAAUAGUAAAUUUUACAUGAGCAUCCUGCUAUAAAUGAUUCCUUUUCUCUCUGUGCUAAAUCCUCAAUAAAUGUUUGUUGAAUUGGA